AUGGUAGAAGUCCCAAAGAGGUUCAACACGCCCAAUAUGACCAUGUACGAUGGAACAACAGACCCUGAUGAGCACGUAUCCCUCUACAAACAGAAGAUGAUGACAAGCUCAAUCCCUAGAGACAUCAGAGAGGCUAUCAUGUGCAAAGGCUUUGGAGCCACAUUACCACGCCCAGAUCUGACCUGGUUCAUUAAUUUAGAUAAUGGGACUAUUCGAUCUUUUGCAAGAAUGAGACAUGGUGAAUCCUUGAGAGAUUAUCUUAACAGGUUCAAUAGGGAGAAGAUUGGAAUACAUAAGUAUGAUUCCCCCACAACAAUCGAAGCGUUCAGAAGAGGAUUGCUGGACCAUAGUGAGCUCUACAAGGAGUUGACUAAAUAUCCCUGUACAACCUUUGAAGAUGUGCAAGCCAAAGCUAUGGCUCAAGUCAGAUUUGAGGAAGAUGCAUAUGCAAGAAAGACUCCCGAGCCAGAUCGCCAGUCAAGAAGGAAUAACAAUUUUCCCAGAAGGGACCAUCGAUUCAAGCCGUAUCAGCGUUCUCGCUUUGACGAGGGAACGAUCAAUGCUGUCGAGGAAGAAUUUUUUGAUUGGAGGGAGGAUCCUGAACUCCCACCUAAGUUACAUGAGUAUUGCUUUAACGUUAACCCUGCAGGAGUAAUUAGGACCCUAAAUAAGAUGGGAGAUACUGUGCAGUGGCCUAGGAAGAGUGAUAGGCCUGGAGAGAAGAAAGAUCCAUCCAGAUGGUGUGAUUUCCAUUCAGAUAUCGCUCACACUACUGAUGAAUGUGUCGCGCUCAAAAAGGAAGUCGCAUACUUGUUGAAGAGAGGCUACCUCAAAGAGCUCCUGUCAGAUAGAUCUAAAGCUUCAGGGAAGGAGAGAGUGUCUAAGAAAGGAGGUCCUCCUCCUCCGCCUCCAAUUGUCAAAACCAUCUGUUUCAUAUCAGAAGGGUCAGAAGUAUGCAGUUUAACAUAUUUGGCAGCAAAGCGACAUGCAAAGGAAAGUAACAAGGAUCAACCAGACAAGAGGGAGAAAUCUAAGAUAGACAUCCCCAUCAUGUUUGAAGAAAGCGAUGCAGUAGAAGGCCAUCAUAACAGUCUAGUGAUUUCACUCCCAGUGGGAAACUGCAUGAUCAAACGAAUCCUAGUUGAUAAUGGAAGCUCUGCAAAUAUCAUCAUGCUCGACACCUUGAAACACAUGAACAUAGAUGAGAAGAACAUCGUUAACAAGUCAACAAUGUUAGUGGGAUUCAGUGGGGAAACCAAAAAGACAAGUGGAGAAAUUACAUUGGUAACAUACGCGAAAGGGAUCAACCUACAGGUCAAGUUCCUAGUGAUUGAUACUCUAUAUUCGUACAAUAUGAUUUUAGGCAGACCUUGGAUACAUGAGAUGAAAGCCAUUCCUUCUACGUACCAUCAAGUCAUUAAAUUCCCUACUAGGUGGGGUAUUAAAGAAAUCAGAGGAGAUCCUAGGGAAGCUAAAGAAUGUUACAAGAUAGCACUGAAAGCAACGUCUGCAGAAAAGAGUUCAGCAUAG